AUGUCUUAUUCUAUACCAUCCAAAAUGAAGGCCUGGGUUUACAACGAGUACGGCGGCGUGGAGGUGUUGAAAUUUGAGGCCGAUUAUGCAGUGCCGGAAGUGAAGGAUGAUCAGGUUUUGAUCAAGGUGGUGGCGGCGGCUCUUAAUCCCGUUGAUUACAAGAUAAGGCUGGGGAAAUUUAAGACCAUUGAUUCCAAGCCUCCUACUGUUCCAGGCUACGAUGUUGCUGGUGUGGUAGUUAAAGUUGGUAGUGAAGUAAAAGGCCUAAAAGAAGGAGAUGAAGUAUAUGGUGACAUAAAUGAAAACGCACUAGAACAACCUAAACGAUAUGGCUCCUUAGCCGAGUACACAUCUGUGGAGGAAAGAUUACUAGCUCUUAAGCCCAAGAAUCUUGAUUUUGCACAGGCUGCUAGUCUUCCUCUGGCAAUUGAAACUGCCUACGAAGGUCUUGAAAGGUCUGGAUUUUCUGCUGGAAAAUCCAUACUCGUUUUAGGUGGUGCUGGUGGAGUUGGAUCUCUUGUAAUCCAGCUUGCAAGACAUGUGUUUGGUGCUUCAAAGAUUGCUGCUACUGCCAGCACAAGUAAGCUGGAAUUUCUGAAAAGCUUGGGAGCUGAUUUGGCUAUUGACUACACCAAGGAGAACUUUGAAGACCUACCAGAAAAAUUCGAUGUCGUUUAUGAUGCUGUCGGGCAGGGAGAUAGGGCAGUGAAAGUAGUGAAGGAAGAUGGCUGUGUAGUAUACAUAGCUGGUGCAGCAACACCACCUGGUUUUUCAUUUUUAGUUACUUCAAAUGGAGAAAUGCUGAAGAAGCUAAAUCCAUUUCUGGAGAGUGGGAAGGUGAAGCCGGUGCUCGACCCCAAGGGGUUAUUCCCUUUCGACAAGGUUAAUGAAGCUUUUGCUUAUCUAGAAACAAACCGAGCCACGGGAAAGGUGGUUAUAUAUCCGAUUAAUCCGUGA